CCUUUGUAACUCCACCUGGCUGUCUUCUAGUGAAGAUACUAUUCUUUCAUGUCCUCGUUUAUUGCUUCUUAAAUGUGAGCACAAGGAAAGUGGUGAAGCAAGAGAAACACUAAUUUAUUCCUGCAGAGCUGCCCAAAAAGGCAUGGUGGUGAGAAGCUUUGCUUGGUCUGCUGUGUAUUUUUAACAACUUCCACAUGUCAUGGCUUCGUAAAUCUCACUUGCAUCUCUCUUUCUCUCACUAUUUCUCUCUGUCGUCUCAGUUUGAGAGAGUAGUUUUUCGUAGGAGAGAUGUGGGAUUAUUCUGAGAAAUCAUGAACUCCCAAAGCAAUGGCCUCCAUAUCUGGUGGACGAUUCUUGCAGUUGUUGUUUUGUUUCUUGUAGUUCAAUCUUUUGGGCUUAACACAGAUGGUAUUCUCUUGCUUUCUUUCAAGUUCUCUAUUCUCACUGACCCUCUUCGUGUUCUUCAGAGCUGGAACUACAACGAUGAGACUCCAUGUUCCUGGAAUGGAGUUACCUGUGGAGCUCUCUCUCGUGUCACUGGCUUGUCUCUGCCAAAUUCUCAGCUUCUUGGUUCUAUUCCUGCUGAUCUUGGUAUGAUCCAACACCUCCAAAAUCUUGACAUAUCCAACAAUUCUCUCAAUGGGUCUUUGCCUUUUUCUCUUUUCAAUGCAUCCCAACUUCGCUUUCUUGAUUUGUCUAAUAAUAUGAUCUCUGGCGAGUUGCCAGAGACUACAGGUUCCUUACAAAAUCUUGAGUUUCUUAACCUGUCUGACAAUGCAUUGUCGGGAACCUUACCCUCCAGUCUCCCUAGUCUCCAUAAUCUAACUGUUGUUUCUUUGAAGAACAAUUACUUUUUUGGUGGUCUGCCUAGUGGAUUUGGAGCUUUUCAGGUUUUAGAUCUUUCUUCCAAUCUCAUCAAUGGAUCUCUGCCUCAAGAUUUUGGUGGUAGUAAUCUCCAGUACUUGAACAUCUCUUAUAACAAGCUCUCCGGCCAAAUUCCAGUGGAAUUUGCUUCACAAAACCCUGGUAAUGCCACUAUCGAUCUCUCAUUCAAUAAUCUGUCUGGACUAAUACCAAAUUCUAGCAUUUUCCUGAAUCAGAAAGCUGCUUCUUUUAUUGGGAAUCCUGAUAUCUGUGGCGAGCCAUCAAGAAACCCAUGCCCAAUUCUUUCUCAUUCGCCAUCCUUUCUUCCGAACGUAUCUUCACCUACCUCUCCUCCAGCAAUCGCUGCAAUUCCAAAAACAAUAUCCUCAAGCCCUGCAACCACCCGACCAGGUCGUGCAGCAACUGAGACUCAAGGGCUUAGGCGAGGAACCAUCAUAGGAGUUAUAGUUGGCGACAUUGCAGGGGCUGCAAUUCUCGGUAUGAUUUUCUUCUAUGUCUACCACUUAAAGAAAAGGAAGAACGUCGAAACCACAAUCAAGAAAGAGGCUAAUAAUGCAAAGGACACUCGGUCAUCUUCCUCCUCAGAAUCAAGAGGAUUCACGAGAUGGUCAUGUUUACGCAAGAGAGACAAUGAAGAAGAAUCCGAUUCCCCUAGUUCCGACAACGACGACGAAAAUCCUGGAAAUCUCGAAAAUCAACGGCCACAAGAGCAGGAACAAAACAAAGGAGGCAAAUUAGUGACUAUUGACGGCGAAAAACAGCUCGAGCUCGAAACUUUACUCAAAGCAUCAGCUUAUAUACUGGGCGCAACUGGCUCUAGCAUAAUGUACAAGGCCGUUCUCGAAGAUGGGACUGCACUUGCUGUUCGUAGAAUAGGUGAGAGCCAUGUAGAGCGGUUCAGAGAUUUCGAGACCCAGUUCCGUGUUAUAUCCAAGUUGGUGCACCCAAAUCUGGUUCGAAUUUGUGGGUUCUAUUGGGGGGCCGAUGAGAAGCUCAUUAUCUAUGAUUUCGUCCCCAAUGGCAGCCUCGCCAAUGCUCGUUACCGGAAAGUGGGCUCUUCACCUUACCAUCUACCGUGGGAGGCCCGACUGAAGAUUUCUAAAGGGGUAGCCCGUGGACUGUCUUUUCUCCACGAUAAGAAGCACGUGCACGGAAACUUAAAGCCCAGUAAUAUUCUCUUGGGCUACGACAUGGAGCCUAAGGUUGGAGAUUUUGGGCUCGAGAGGCUCGUGACUGGUGACUUGAGCUGUAAAUCCAGCGGAUCAACCCGAAAUUUUGGAAGCAGAAGGUCCACAGCCUCUCGCGACAGCUUCCAGGACUUCUCACUUGGGCCCAGCCCAAGCCCAAGUCCAAGUCCGAGCUUGAUUGGAGGUUUAUCUCCGUACCAUGCUCCAGAGUCGUUGAGAAACCUCAAGCCCAACCCAAAGUGGGACGUGUAUUCAUUUGGGGUUAUAUUAUUAGAGCUGCUCACUGGGAAGGUUAUAGUUGUGGAUGAAUUGGGUCAAGGAAGCAAUGGACUAGUAGUUGACGAUCUGAAUCGAGCUGUAAGGAUGGCUGAUGUGGCAAUUCGAGCUGAUGUGGAAGGCAAAGAGGAGUCCUUGCUGGCUUGCUUCAAGUUAGGUUACAGUUGUGCUUCUCCAAUUCCACAAAAAAGGCCAACAAUGAAAGAGGUGCUACAAGUACUAGAGAAAAUCCCAUCUUCUUCUUAAUCCUCAUCAUACUUGUAUGGUCACCAAUAAGUAAUAACAGAAAUAUUAAUUUAUUAAAUAUAAUUUAAACCCA